ACCCCUUGCUAUAAGUACUUAGGUAUUCAAAUAACACCCCAGGAAACAAGAGGUUCUGGGUCAGCUUCCUGGUGAGUUUCUGCAGGACACUGGAGAGGGAGCUAAUGAUGACGUUCACUCUGAAAUUUUGCCUGAUGUUGACUGGGCUAUGCAGCCUGGUCCCCAGCCACCUAGCUGAGGAGCUCCAAGCCAGUCAAGACAGUGUACACCCACUCUCUGCCAGUCACAGAAUUUCCCCCUAUAUGGCUGAUUUUAGCUUCGAUUUGUACAGGCUGCUGGUUUCUAAAUCCAACACCACCAACAUAUUCUUCUCUCCAGUGAGCAUCUCCACUGCCUUUACCCUGCUGGCUCUUGGGGCCAAAUCAGCCACUCAUGAUCAGAUCCUACAGGGACUGGGAUUCAACCUCACUGAGAUUUCAGAGAAAGAAAUCUUUGAGGGUUUCCAACAGCUUCUCCAUACACUCAACCUACCUGGAAAUGAGCUUCAACUGACCACAAGCAAUGGCCUGUUUAUAGAUAAAAAACUGGAAGUUGUAGAGAAGUUUUUGGAAGACAGCAAGAAAUUCUACACUUCUGAUACCUUCUCUAUUGAUUUUGAAGACAAUGAGGCUGCCAAGAAACAGAUCAAUGACUAUGUGGAGAAGGAGACCCAAGGAAAAAUAGUAAAUUUGAUUCAGGACCUUCACUCUAGCGCAGAAUUUGUUCUGGUAAAUUGCAUUUUCUUUAAAGGCAAAUGGGAGAAACCCUUUGAAGCAGAGCUCACUGAGGAACGUCCCUUCCAUGUGAAUGCUGAAACAACUGUGCCUGUUCAAACAAUGAGCCGCCUAGGCAUGUUCCAUGUGACUCAUGACAAUGACCUGGCCUGCUGGGUUGUGACGUUGGACUAUCUGGGAAAUGCAAGUGCCUUUUUUAUACUGCCAGACAUAGGGAAGCUAGAACAGGUGGAGAAUGCCUUGAACAAAGAGCAGUUUCAGAAAUGGUCAAGAAACUUGCAUCGCAGGGCAAUUACUUUAUAUCUUCCAAAAGUUUCCAUCUCAGGAAGCUACGAUCUGAAGGUUCUAAAAGAUCUGGGCAUUACAGAUGUAUUUGAAAACAGCGCAGAUCUCUCUGGAAUCACAAAGCAAGAAAAGCUUAAGCUUUCCCAGGCUCUGCACAAGGCUGUUUUGAACAUCGAUGAGAAAGGAACUGAGGCUUCAGGGGCCACUUUCUUGGAAGCGAUACCUAUGUCCAUUCCCCCUACCGUUGACUUCAACAGGCCUUUUAUAAUUGCCGUUUAUGAAACAAAAACAAAGAGCACACUUUUCUUGGGGAAAGUUGUGAAUCCUUCUGGAAAUUAACUUCAGCAGUCUCAGCCCCCAAGAUCUCAUUGUUCGCUCCUCUACUGCAGAAUAAAGCGGCAGCAUCCUGCUGGCACCUGUACUCUCAGUGCAGAUUCUCAAUAUACUCCAUACCAAUUAAUUUUAAUGAUUCAUAGGGAUGUCUACAAAUCAUUAAGGCAAGUGGGAAGACAACUACAAUUAUAAACAUGGGAUAUAAAAGCUCUAAGAGAAUUUAGACCUUAGCAAUUUAGAGCUAAAAGGACCCUAAGAAUAUGAAAUGAUGAUGCUAUAGGGGACCUUAGAACACAGACUUUUAUGGCCUAGAAAUAGAUUGAAAUGGAUUCAGUCUUCUACUCUCAAUAAUUGUCUGUACCAUGUCCCAUACAGAUUUCCCCUGGGUCUAUCAGAAUUUAAUUGAUUUUUGCCCAAUCCAGGGGAUCCCUUGGGAACAUCAGAAUAUAGUUCAUGUAUAGACCUCUGUGAAAAAAAAGUAAAAGUUGCCUGAUUUCAAUGGGGCUUAUCUAUCUUUGUAAUCCACUCAGUGGCUUAGUAAUAAACUCUCUAUAUAGUAA